UGCAGCACGUGGAGCCCCCUGCGCAGGGGGCUCUGCUCCUGCCCUCUGGAUGCUGCCGUUCUGAAUUAGGUCAGGCCUGCGUCGCGGGCUCAGCCGCGCUCCCGCUCGAGCCCAGGGGAUUGAUGGCUCGUGGCAGGCGCGGGGACGAGCCUGGGGCUGGAGCGGCGGGGAGCCGAGGACGCUCCGUGCUGCUGUGCGGGGAGCGAGUGCUGCCUCUCCUGAUCCACUGAGAUCACACGAGUGGGGCACCAGGGAGGGCUCCAAGCAGGCUGAACCACCACGCACGCGUUCCAGGUGCAGGUUUUCAGCCAGCCUAAAGCAAGCAGGCUCCAGGAGCAGCCGCAGCAGCCACCGGGACCCUGCGUGGCGGCAGCAUCGCCCACCCAGCCCCUCUGCUGCUAGCUGAAGCCUUUUCAGGAGGUGAAGCCGUGCCUGCACUAAAAGCUCUCGCUUUUUGCCUGGAAGCAGUCUGCGUUUGUCAGAUGCCAGUACGCAGAAAAUGUAUGUCCUUAGGUUGCAGCGAGACUUUCUUCAAAGCCCUGCGCUCCUUAAUCACUGGGUAAUGCAGGGAGCUCUCCAGCUACAGCACUCAUAACCACAGCAAUUUGGUUUCUGUAGCGGUAUGUUGUGAAGAUAAUUAGACGAGGGAUUUCCAACUUGUUUGGCUGGGUGAUAAAAACCUCUCUGAGAGGAGGCAGAGCUCCGCCACAAUCCCCGCUAGCGGUGCCAGCCCGCCUCCAGCAGCCACCGGCAGCUCUCAUUAGCUGCAGAGGGCUGCUGGAGAUUAAUUUUUCAAUUAACUCUCCUUGUUUUUACAUCAAAAGCAAACACCAUUUUGGCAGCGGCCCACCUGGGAGGGUGUAGGUAUCAUUCGUUGGCGUGAGCCAGCGCCGGGCAGCGAAGCACGGCAGGAGCUUUUUGCUGCCUUGUGAGUGCAAAGGGGGUGUUUAACGGGGAGCUGCUCGGGGACACCAGGCUGCGCUCGUGUCUCCUUGUGCAUCACGUCAAGCCAGGAUCCCGCACCUGAGCCAGAAAGAGAGAAAUGAGAAGACUCCGAAGCUGUCCCCAGAGACGCCUCUAGGCUCACUACUGGUUUCUGAGCCCUGAGCUGAGACCUUCACCGGAGCUGCCCCACACGGAGCCCCCAGCGCUCUGUCUCGGGGUGCUGGUGGCCCCGCUGUGGCACCCACAGGGUCUGUCCCCUUGCUCCGCACCCCCCCGGCCACCCCCGCUCCCCAGAGGUGGCUGCGUCUCAGCAGCGUACAUGUAGCCCCCGCUGUACUUGCUGUCCCUGCCAGAUGAAAACUCCCAUAUAAACCCAGGCUAUUAUUAUCUCAGCCUUCCACUCUGCUAAUGGUCUCUCAGGAAACAGACUUUUUCUUCCCCCCCACCUUUUUUUUUUUUUUUUUUUUUUUUUUAAAGCUUUUAAAUCCCAGGAACACCGGAGCAGAGGUAACCGAACACCAGGCACGGCGCAGCGGAGCACCGAGCCCGUGCCACACGCAGGGGAGCUGCUGAGCCCCUGAGCCAAGGGGGCCACGGAUCAGCACCGGGGCUUUCUGCAGCACCGGCACCGUCGGCGAUGCGCGCGAUGGCAGAGCAGGCUGUGGCAGCAGCGGACGCCUCCCCAAGCCUGGCACCAUCCCCAGGCUCUCCUUGGCACAGGGACAGCGAUGGGACAAAGUCUCAUCUCACCAGCGCCAGGGAGGACAGCGGCGGCCGGGACGGCUGCGGGAUCGUUUUCCCCAUGGACGGGGACACAAAGCCUCUCCCUUCGCCCCAGCCCUCGGGGAUGCUCCUGGCCGACAUCCCGCGGGGGCCGCAGCCGCGGCUGAGCCUGGCCAAGUCCCGCACGGCCCCGUCCUCGCCCAGCGUCUCCCCGUCGGAGAGCCGCGCCGCCCUGCUCCGGCUGCGGGAGGCCAAGCUGGAGGACACCAAGAGGAGGCUGUCGGAGGCCGUGCAGGAGCCCCUUGUUCGGCUGAGCCGGCUCAUGGCCGAGGAGAGCAGCCCCACGGCACGGCUGAAGGCAGGGGGCAGCCCCGGGCGAGGGGAGCCGGGGGGCAGAGGGGCUGGGGGCCGCCGGGUGCGGGACUGGAGCCCCUGGGAGCCCAGCCUGAACUGUCGCUACGAGAUCUGCUCCUACGGGGACGUCAUCCAGGUGGUGGAGGUCGUGCAGCAGGAGGCCGAGCCCCCGGAGCAGCCGCCAGCAGCCCGGCCGGGGGGCUCGGUGCCAGGCAGGGCCCUGGCCUGCGUCGCACUCCUCGCCUACGGCUACUUGGUCCUGCCGCUGCCGCCCUACACCGCCGGCCUCUGCCUGGGGCUCACCUGCGGGCUGCUGCUGGGUUUCCUCGCCAUCCUGCUCCUCCUGCUGAAGCCUCCGCCGCCGCGGGGCCGCCUGCGCCCUGAGCUGCUCCCGGGGGGCCCGCGGGGAGCCCACGGCCUCCAGGGCUGGCUGAACCAGCUGCACGUCUACGACCCCGAGCUUUACCACCCAUCGCUCACGCACUCGGUGCUGGCCACUCUGGAUGGGGCCACCCUCAAGCUCUCCUACCCCAAGAACAACAUCCCACGCCGGGCCACCUUCGCGGAGGAAAUCCUCGAUGCCACCUUCAUCAGCCAUCACUGCUACGACAUGACCGAUGCCAAGGUCUUCCUCUGUCCCCCCCGCCUAGCCCGAAAGCGGCUGUGGAACAAGAAGUACCCCAUCUGCAUCCUCUUCCCGGCCCGGGCGGACACGGAGCACAGGAGCAGUGAUGAACACGGCACAGAGCUGCAGGGGGACGAAGGGACGAAGAAGCCGCAGGUGCCCACCCAGGACGUCCCGGGGGACUGCAGGGAAAGGUGCCUGUACCUCUUCGGACGGACGGGGAGGGAGAAGGAGGAGUGGUACCAGCACCUCCUGCGAGCCUGCCACGGGACCCCGAGCAGCAGCCACGGUGAAGCCAGGCCAGGCGUGGGACUGGCUCCACAGAGCGCUGCCAGCAGCAGUGGAGGGAGCACCGAGGACAUCCCCUCUGCCACCAGACCCAAGGACCUGGCUGGAAAUGUCCGACAGAAGAUUUUUCUGGAUUACAGCACCUACAUGGCCCGCUUCGUGCCGGCAGAGGCAGGGGGCAGCCCGGAGCAGAGCCCCCCUCCCAGCGUGCUGAGCAGCCCCGCGCCCAUGAAGGCGCUCGUGGCUUCUCCCCACCCGCAGCUCGGCGAGGACGCGGCCGGGCGCAGCGAGGGGUGCACGGCCUGGGCAAACGCGCUGGUGGGGCGCAUCUUCUGGGACUUCCUCCGGGAGCGGUACUGGGCCGAGCAGGUGGCCAGCAAGAUCCAGAAGAAGUUAAGCAAGAUCAAGCUCCCAUAUUUCAUGAAUGAGCUGACACUGACGGAGCUGGACAUGGGCACGUCCAUCCCCUCCAUCCUCAGCACCUCCAAGCCUACCAUCAAUGACCGAGGGCUCUGGGUGGACAUGGAGGUCACCUACAGCGGCUCCUUGCAGAUGACCCUUGAGACAAAGAUGAACCUCUGCAAGCUGGGGAAGGAGGGCACUGCAGAGGACAGCGGCCCGGCAGAGGCAGGAGGAGAGGGGGCCAGGCCUCGGCUGAUCCUGCUGGCAGACAGUGACGCGGAGUCAUCCAGCGCCGGCUCCUCCGACGAGGAGGACAUCGCCGCCGCAGAGCCCGCAGGAGCCCUGGGAGAGCGGGUCCCCCCGCCCGGCACCGAGGGCCACGUCAGUGGGAACAGCACGGGCCGGAAGAUCCUACGCUUUGUGGAUAAGAUUGCCAAGUCCAAGUACUUCCAGAAGGCCACCGAAAACGAGUUCAUCAAAAAGAAGAUCGAGGAAGUUUCCAACACGCCGCUGCUGCUGACGGUGGAGGUGCAGGAGCUGGCGGGCACCUUGGCUGUGAACGUGCCCCCACCACCGACGGACCGUGUCUGGUACAGCUUCCGUGUCCCACCCCAGCUGGAGCUGAAGGUGCGCCCCAAGCUGGGUGAGCGGGAGGUGACGUUCCUCCACGUCAUCGAGUGGAUCGAGAAGAAGCUGCAGCAUGAAUUUCAGAAAAUUUUGGUGAUGCCGAACAUGGACGAUCUCAUCGUUCCCAUCAUGAACUCUGGCCUGGAUCCUCAGCCACCCGCUGGGGAGCUGCCCAGGGACCUACCGGCCAAGGGAGAGAGGAGGCUCUGACGUGCAGCCCCAUGGGCAGAGACACUGCACAGGGCUGGGGGACCUCGCUGGGACACAGAGCUAGCUGGGGCCUGGCCACUGAUGGCAUCCAGCGCUACGCCGUGGGGUCUGAGCUUCUUGGUUCAUCUCAUCCUCAGCAUCCUGCUCCUUCGCAGAUGAGCUGCGUCCUCCAAUAUUCCAAGCACACGUUCGGAGCUGAACCAGACCCUGGGAAAAGGGGCUUGCUGGAGACCCAAUAACUUCAUGCACCUCCCACCAGCAUCUCAGGACUCCUCCUGGCCAAAGGGGGCAGCUCCAGACCAGCAGAGGGCUGGGUUUCCCCCUGCCUGGUUCCCAAAGAGGGUGCAGGAUGCAAAAACAGCUUCCACACUCAAGGAGUUGUGAUCACCACUGACCCACGGCAUCACAGCUCCAGGACACCUCACACCCUUCCCGCUGGCAGCUGGGCUGCAAGGAAAACAUGGGUGGGAAACGAGUCCAACAUCUGAAUAAACCCAUCACUGCCCAGUCCUA